CAGUAAAAAUCAAAUUAAUGCAAACUAUUCCUUCUAACAGGUUUUGUGGAAGCCAGAUGUCUGCAGGCUUGACGUCCAUGCAGUCAGUUUCAUCACCAAAUGCAACAUUUAUUCGUCCCUCCAGCUUUUACAUCAUUGGACUUUACAAUGUCCCACAUGCAAAGUACUUCUAUGUGUUUCUGUGCUUUGUGUAUAUAGUGACUGUGUUGGGGAAUUUGUUUAUAAUGGGCACCAUAUACCUGGCACGCAGCUUACACACUGCUAAGUAUAUAGCUGUCUUCAACUUGGCCUUGUCUGAUCUGUGUGGAAGCUCUGCUCUCAUUCCAAAGCUUCUGGACAUGUUUCUGUUUGAGAAUCAGUACAUAUCUUAUGAAGCCUGUCUAGCAAACAUGUUUUUUGUUUAUGUCUUUAUGACCCUGCAGUCUCUUACUCUGCUUGCUAUGGCCUAUGACAGGCUGAUUGCUAUAUGUUUUCCAUUAAGGUAUCAUGCAAUUGUCACCAACACUGCAAUGACUUUGAUUAUCUGUGCUAUGUGGAUUCUCUCUCUGAGUGUCAUUGCUCUGAUGGUAGCUCUAGUUACCAGAUUGUCCUUCUGUAGAUCCACUACAGUUGACAGCUAUUUCUGUGAUCAUGGCCUCUAUUACUUAGCCUGUAAUGAUUACUCCAUGAAUUCCAUUAUUGGCAAUGUCUGUACUGCUGUACUGCUUUACAUUCCAUUGAUAUUAAUAGCUCUCUCAUAUGUUUGUAUUGGUUUUGCAUUACAGAAGAUCUCACAUGGAGCUGAGCAAAUCAAAGCUAUGAAAACCUGCACCUCUCACGUCAUAUUAGUGGCCAUGUUUUAUCUACCAAUUAUUAGUGUUUAUACUGCAGCCUUUACAACUCCUAUAAGUGCAAAUAUCAGAAUAAUCAAUACUGCUUUGACACAAACCAUUCCACCCAUGUUAAACCCCAUCAUAUAUACACUAAAAACAGAGGAGGUAUUACAGUGUAUUAAAGUGAUCUACAAACAAACCAGGGUGAACUCUGCAGUGGAAAGAACCAUGAAAAAGACUGCAAGGAAUUGA